AUGGCCGAAGAACUUAAUCUGACCGUCGAUGAAGAUGCUUUCCAGGCUGCUCAAGCUCACUCGAAGGAAGCAAGCAAAGGUGGUGCCAAGACAAGCGUAAAAGAUACCGUGAAAUUGGAUGUUCAUGACAUUAGUGCUUUAGAGAAGAACACCGAGGUUCCCAUCACUAACGAUUCCUUCAAAUUUAAUUCCAGUAGCAUAUCUGCCACCAUCAAGGCCAUUUACCACGAGAAGAAUUUCCCUUCAUCCACGGCUAAUAUACCCACUGGUGCCUCCUUUGGUAUAAUCCUUGACAAGACAUGCUUCUAUGCAGAGGCCGGAGGGCAAGAAUACGACACUGGUGUGAUCGCAUUGGACAUGAAGGAUAGGGAAGCCAAAUUUGAAGUCAUCAAUUGUCAAUCAUUCAAGGGCUAUGUUCUACAUAUUGGAGAUCAUAUCGAUCAAAAGGGUUCUUUGGUCGCCCCUGCAAAGUUGAGAUUCGAUUUCAGUCACAAAGCACCUGUCUCGCUUCCAGAACUCAAGAAGAUUGAGGAUAUAUGUCUUGAAUGGAUUCGAAAGGAUGUUCCGGUCUUCAGCAAAGAUCUCGACCUCAAAUCUGCGCGUCUCAUUCCUGGACUAAGGGCUGUAUUCGGCGAAACAUAUCCUGAUCCCGUCAGGGUGGUUUCACUAGAGUAUGAUGUGGACGAGAUUUCCAGUGACUUGGAGAAUCCGAAAUGGCGUGGAACUAGUGUGGAGUUUUGUGGUGGAACUCACGUCGCCAAGACUGGAGACAUCAAAGAAUUUACCAUCAUGGAAGAGUCGGGUAUCGCCAAGGGUAUUCGUAGAAUAAUCGCCGUUACUGGACCAGAGUCGCGUGCAGCUAUGGCUGCCCUUGCACAAUUCGAGCUGCGAUUCACUGGCGUGCAAGGCAUGACAGGAAAGGAGAAAGACGAGGGUUUCAAGGCACUUACUCUUGACCUUAAUCAAGCCGACUUACCCGCACUCCUCAAGGCUGACCUAAAGGAUCGUUUGGCAGCUAAACGCAAAGCUUGGGAUACGGAAGUCAAAGCUCGUGAAGCCGCUGCUACUAAAGAGGCAACCGAGUCAGUUGCCAAUUACUUUGCCGAAAAUCCUGAUGCACAACUGCAGGCCCUGCAAUCGAUAAUAAACCAAGCUAAAACACUGAAUAAGGCCGUAUAUGUAUUGAGCAUAGAUACUCAGUCUGGAAAGGUUACACAUGGUAACUAUUUGCCUCCUUCAUUGGCAGCAGACGGGUUCGAUGCACGCACGUGGGCUUCUGGUGUCUCCGAAAUUGUCGGUGGAAGGGCUGGUGGGAAGCCUGACACCGCCCAGGGCGUCGGCACUGAUGCCUCCAAGGUCGCAGAUGCUGUAACCACUGCCAGUGAAUUGUUUGCUAAAGCAAUCCAGAAUGCAGAUGACAGCGAUUCACAUCAUAUGCACAAGAAAUCGAAGAGGAGUCUUCACAUUGAGAGCGGUAUGGGAGGGUUAUCGCUGCAACCUAAUCUACCCCAGGGCCAGGGGAAAGUAUCCCCUCUGUCGGCCACCAGUACCCUCUCAUCCCAGGCUGAAUCAUCAAUCAUGACUCCAUUUUCGGGUUACAGAGCGACAAGCUCGGCCAACCCUUCUUAUUAUGUGACAGAACCGGAGCUCUUGGAG